AUGGAUAAUUUACCAGAUAGAUAUCUUCAGUGGAUGGCCAAGAACAUGAAAAAAUCCACCUCAGGGAACUUUGCCAACAACAUUCUUGCAAAACGGACUGAGCAACCAUCAAUUCCAUUGGAAGCUGAUGCUCUUCGCAGCAGACUUGUAAAUCAGCUCUGCCACUGCGCUGCAACAAAGGAUCUGGUUGAGGGAAAACGUCUCCAUUCGUUGAUUCUCACCUCGUUCGAGCUCCAGCAUGAUCGUUUCCUGCUUAACACACUGCUCCAAAUGUAUGGCAAAUGUGGUGAUAUUGCAGCCGCGUGCCGUGUCUUCGAUCAGAUCAAGGAUCCCAAUGUAUUCUCCUCUGCAAUCUUGAUCGCUGCAUUUGCCAAUAACGGGCAUCUUGAGGGCGCACUCCCUGUCUUUGAAAGAAUGCGUGAGUGUGAUAUAGUUUCCUUCAACACAAUUCUCCAAGCUCUUGCGCAGCACUCCAAGCUCGAUCAAGCAAAAGUUCUGUUUGACUCUAUGCCCGAGCACAACACUGUCUCCGGCAACACUAUUCUAUCUGCAUAUGCCCAAAGUGGGCAUUAUUCUUAUGCAGAGGCAGUGUUCGAAUCCAUGCCUCGUGUGGAUACCAUCACAUGUACCGCCAUGGCGUCGGCGUAUUCCGCCUCCGGGAAACUCGAGCAGGCAAAGGCACUGCUGAAUCUUAUCCCUGAAAAAGACUGCGUUGCAUGGAACGUGACCCUAACUGCAUAUGCCGCUGAGGGGAAUCUGGAGAGAUGUAAGCAAAUCUUUCUGGAUAUGCCCGAAAAGGACGUAGUAUCAUGGACAGCGCUGCUCCAGGCUUAUUCCUUGGCCGGUGACGUAGAAGCAGCAGCAUGGGCGUUUGAUUCCAUGCCCGAGCACGAUAGCAUCGCUUCAUCGAAUAUGCUUCAUGCAUUUGCCAGCUCCGGGCAUCUGGCAGACGCGAGGGCAGUGUACGACCGUGCGCCAGGGCCAAGCACCGCCGCCGGCAACGCCAUGGUGGCGGCAUAUGGUAUGCACGGUGACGUGCACGCUGCCCUGGCCACCUUCUAUGCGAUGCCGUACGCAAACGUUACGUCGUGGAACGCUGUCUUGCACGCACUUGCCUACGGUACGGGCGUGCAUGAGGCGGGGAGAUUCUUCGUACGGAUCCCUGUGUGGGAUGUGGUCUCGUGGAACACGAUGAUCGUGAGCUAUGCCCACUCGGGCAAUGGGAAGAACGCGAUCGAUCUCUUCCGGAAGAUGGGGCUUCUCGGGAUCCAUCCAAACGAGAUCACCCUGCUGGGCGUGCUUCUCGCGUGUAGCCACAUUGGGAGAUUGCGGGAGGGCUGGAGGAUCUUGGCGGCGAUGGAGGACGAUUUCGGCGUGAAUCGCAGCGUCGAUCACUACUGUGCGAUGGCCGACGCCGCGGGGAGAAUUGGGCAGAUCGGAAUCGCCGAGCGGCUCAUCCAGGAGAUGCCGUUCGAUGCCGACAAUGCCGCCUGGGGCUGCCUGCUGGGGUCGUGCUUGAUCCACAGCGAUCUGGAGCGAGGCGCUGCCGCGGCGAAGCGGCUGCUGGAGCUGGAUCCUGGGAGUGCCGCUGGGCACGUCCGAUUAAGCAACGUCUUUGCUCCUCGGAGCCAAAAAUUCUAG